AGGCUUUGGAGACAGGCAUGCAGACAGCCGACCACUGCAAAGUGUUGAGCGCGGGACAGACCGGCUUUAGCCCACACCACUCUUCCUCUGUCCAACAGAAGACCCUCAAACCUCUGCUGUGAGGCGCUCACACUCAUCCCGCAACAAUAAUGUGAAAAUCAGACGGAAACGUUUGUCAGAUGUUUAAACUCAUCGUCGCUUCAUUGUACUCCAGUGCCGUCUAUUUUGAACAGUGUCACACAGUUUGCAGUCAGGCUACAGUAGGCUAUCCACAAGGAUACCUGGUGUGAGAUGCGGCAAUGUCCCGAGGAAUAUGCCCACGCGUAAACUCUUGCGGGUCCUUUUGGAUUUUGCCAUUGGUCGUAUUUGUGGCGAAUGUGAUCGACGUGGACGCGUACAGCUGUCAUGAAGUGAGGACCGCUUUCCAGCUGCGACAGGUCGGGCCGCUGCACCGCGUACCGGAGACACCUGGCACAGAUGUGGAUCUGCUGGUUUGUAAGCACCAGGGUCCAUCCUGCUGCACCCGGAAGAUGGAGGAGAGCUACCAGUUUGCUGUAAAAAGGGAAACCCUCCACAACAUUCACUCCUACAGCUAUGAGCUGGAGCACCUCAUCUCCGGCCACUCGGAUGCCUUCCAGGACAUGUUCCAGUACCUUCUAUCCUUCUCUCAGGGCCACCUGAGCUCUCUGUUGGAGGGAACCUACUCAUCCCUGUCCCGCCAUGCCCUACCCCACGUUAACCAACUCUUCUCCUCACUCUCCCUCUACCUCCGUGGGGCCAACGUCUCUGUGGAGGUGUCAGUUCACCAAUUUUUUAACAACCUCUUCCCACUCGUCUACACUCGGCUAAUCAAUCCAGGCAUUGAAGGCGGCAUGAUGAUGGGCAGUGAAAUGGGCGACUGUCUCCGUAUGAUCAGGCAGGAUGUCAACCCUUUUGGGCCUCAUCCAGUCGUCAUGGCCCAAGAGCUGGCUGGGGCACUCGGAGCCGGGCGACAACUGGCCCUAGCCCUGGAGGAGGGUCUGGAGGUGAUGAAUGCCACUGAACAUGUCACCCUGAGCAAAGAGUGUGUGAAGGGCCUGGUGAAGAUGGUGUACUGCUCCCACUGCAGAGGCUUGACGCUGAUCAAGCCCUGCGUGGGAUACUGUCUGAAUGUAAUGCGCGGCUGCUUGGCCAGCGUGUCGGAGUUGGAUCAGCCUUGGAGGAGGUAUACCAGCUUGUUGGAGCAACUAACCCAUGCCAUGGCCGGGCACCACAGCAUGGAACUAGCCCUGCUGGGGGUCAGAGGGCACGUUAAUGAAGCCUUGCUCUACGCACAGCUCCAUGGUCCACUCAUCACUGCCACGGUGGACAAGGUGUGUGGCCUGUCUACUGGGGAACCUACAAGCAUGAAGCCUUAUACCCAAGAGGUCACAACCUCUACUGUGACCUCAUCGUCUCCUCUUCCAUCUGUUGCCCCCUCUAAACCUCUACCAGAGCAGUGGCUGGGGCAGUUAGCCCAAUUGAGGAGCUCAUUCCCCCUGAAACCCUCCAAGAACAAUAAACAUAGUCUGAGAACGCUCUCUAGGGAGUUCUUGAUGUACCUGCAGCGCUACAAGUCUUUCUUUGCAGCGUUGCCGGAGAUGCUGUGUGAGGGUGAGAAUGUAGUGGACGACUCCACAUGCUGGAGCGGAGAUGAUGUGGUGGAGAGCUAUAGUGGCAGAGUUGUAGGAAAUGGUCUGCACGCUCAGAGGCAAAACCCAGAAGUCAAAGUUCGCAGCCCGAACCCUACGCUGGCUGAGGUCAAGGAGAGGUUGGAGCUCUUCAACCAGGAGACCCAGGAGAGGUUCCCAAAACUGGGCCAGAUGGAGGCCUGGGAUGAGCUGGGCAGUGGAGAAAGAGAGGAAGGCAGCACCACAGACUGUGAUGAUGAAGAUGGAUGUCAAGCGUCAGGAGACGGGCCAGGCCAUAACUCGCACCCAGAAACCUCCAGUGAAGUGAAGCCCAUUGGGAGACAGCCUGGAGGUGACAGCCCACAUGAGAAUCCUUCCAAGCCCCCCUCAGUGAAGGUGAUAGGGGGCUCGGCAUCUGUCAGCUGGGCACGACCCUGGAGCCUUGCACUGCUCUUUGCUGCACUGUGCUUGCAGUGGACCCUGUUCUGAUGCCAGCGCCUUCUGUGAAUCUGCCACCCAACCCUGCCCCUCUAGGAACCACAUACAUUCACACAGACACUCAUAUUAUAUACAUAUCACGCAUAGUAUCCUUACUCCUGUCCUCAGCAGACAUGGAUGGAUGGAUGGUAAUGACGGAAAAAUAAAAACAGCAUCAUUCUGAUUUUACUUAAAAACACUUACACAUAUACAGACUUGCAUAUACAGUAGAAAUACAGCUGACUUCUUUUUUUCUGCUGCUGGUUUUUACUUAUCCUUUCAGGCUAAAAACCUCAUCACGGCCACUGCACCAUUUGCCAGCGAGGCAGAAGAAUUCAGCUCAUUUGAAAACUCAACUCAUUUUCUUUUCGAGGAUUAAGGAAUGCAUGAUAGAUUGAUAGAUCAAUCCCAGGUGCCUGGCCCAGAACAGCAGAUUUGAUAUACUCUAAUGACUGUGUACCUUGGCAGGGAUUAGAAUGUAAUGAGUUCACAGGUAGAGCACGGGCACACUUGCACGGCUGAACACAUUGUGCAGACAAACUAGGUGUGUAUAGUAUGUAACUGUAUAUAGGUGGAAAGAUUUGAUGGAGUGUAUGAGGUUCUGAUUCAACAAAAAGCUCUUAACCGAUUGAGCUGAAUGGGGUUUUCUUUUCCCUUAGCUAUGAAUGGACUGUGCUUGUAUGCUACAUAGAAAACAAUGCAAAAAAAUACCUAUAGAGAUUAAUUUCUGUAAAAAAAAUAAAGCAAGAAUGCACAUUAUUUUUCAAUUCAAGCCCAUGACAUAAAUGGACACAUUUUGGACAUUUGAAAAAAAGACUGUACAUUGUUGGUUUUACUAAUGUUUAUUGCGCAUACAGUUUUGUGUGUUUGCUCGUUGAAUUGCACAUUAAUGCAUGUAUAAUUUACCAAGUUCAUAAUUGGUAUGAUAGGAUCAGGCACUUCUUCAGGAAGCAAAAAAAAAACCUCAUGUAUUGCCUUUUCCACUGUAUCUCGCUGAUGGCAUGACGUCAGGUUUGGUCUUCCUCUCUAAAAUGAUAGUUUGGAACUUGAAUACAAGAGAAGGUGGGCUGCAGAUCCAACACAUGCAGAUACAAUUUAAUAUAAACACAAAAAAGCAGAAUAUUUUUUACAAAGUUGGGUGCAUCUUUUGUUUGAUCCAGUAGAGUGGUAGCCAUUGGGUAAGUCCCUAUACAUGGAUUUAUCAAACAUUUUGCCAAAUAAGCUGUAACAUCUCUCUACCCACUCUUAAGCAGACCAUUCCUUGGAAUUCCAACAGAAUAAAAACAAAUCCUUCUUUGUUUGACUUAUUAUUAGUGGCUUCUAUAAUGGCUUCCUCUGUAUAACUGUUUUCUCUCUUGUGUAGAUGAGGAUGGUUUACCUACUGGUACAGCAGAGUACCUGUGUGAGUGAGGAUGAAUGUAUGGUCAAUGCUAUGCAGCUACACUAUUAAACCUGAUAAUGCCUAAAGGCUACACACAGUAUCUAAGCUAAAUAGGUCUAUACACUUACAUGGGUCUAUGUGCAGUGAAAUACCUCUUUCAUUACCUUUAUUUUAACAAACUCUUCCUCUUCUUACUGAAAAGUAUUUCACCGUUGACUCUGCCUAAAAGUGGGGAAAGGACUACCUGCUAACUACAUGCAAAUACAUGCAAUUAUACAUGAAAGCCCUGUAGUUAAUGAAUAAUGGAGAUGACUGCAGCUAUGUUAAGGUUUUGACAGUUAAAAUGUGUCACAUUCUGUGCUUUGUAACCAUAUUUGUUCCUCCAUGUAUGUUUUGUUAAUGGCUGUCCACCCACAGAUCACUUACAGCACAUUACCCUUGCAUGUGUAUAAAUGUACAUAUUGUAAGUCUUGCCAUUUGUUUUGUGUCUCAUUUCCUCUCUUUUGUAUCAGUAUGAUACAGUGUAGCUGAGCUCUAUUAAAGGUGCUCUGCUUUUU